AUAGAUUCUACAAUAUCCACUUCCUGCAACUCAUUGCAAUUCCAACACCUCCAUAAAUGGAAACCAUGCUCAAGUUAUGCUUCCUUUCACUACUAUUACUCUCUCCAUUUGCAUUCUCCGAACUAUGCAACCCAAGUGACAAGAAAGCGUUGCUCCAAAUCAAGAAGGACUUCAACAACCCUAAUGCCGCGGUGUUUCCCUCCUGGAACCUAGCCAUUGAUUGUUGCGACUGGAAUGGCAUCGAGUGUGACUCCAACACCAACCGUGUUAUCUCCCUCACUAUCAUAACCGAUGAUAGUUUGUCGGGACAAAUACCACCCGCCGUGGGUGACCUUCCUUACCUUCAAACUCUCGAAUUCCACAAGCUACCCAAACUCACCGGUCCAAUUCCGCCAGCAAUCACAAAGCUCACCAAUCUAAAGGAGCUCUAUCUUAGCUGGAACAAUCUCUCCGGACCUGUACCAGAUUUCUUUCCCCAACUCACGAGCCUCGAGUUUCUAGACCUUUCUUUCAAUAACCUCUCUGGCCGCAUACCUAGCUCACUCUCCCAAAUUCCUAACCUACAGUCCCUUCGUUUGGACCGGAACAGGCUCACCGGCCCAAUCCCGGACUCGUUCGGGUACUUUAGGCAGAAGGGAAUUGGACUAGACCUCUCCCACAACCAGCUUUCAGGUCCCAUUCCAGCUUCCCUAACCCGGUUGGAGCCCGAGAGGAUAUUUCUCUCAAGGAACAAGCUUAUAGGAGAUGCAUACAUGCUUUUUGGAGCCAACAAAUCGACCCAGCAAAUUGACAUUUCAAGGAACAUGUUCUCGUUUGAUCUGUCCAAAGUGGAGUUCCCAACAAGCAACUUGAUAAUGGUGGACCUGAACCACAACCAGAUCUAUGGCAGCAUUCCGCAGCAGAUAAUACAAGUGGACUUUUUGCAGAUUUUCAAUGUGAGCUAUAAUCGGUUGUGUGGUGAGAUACCACAAGGUGGAAGAUUGCAGAGGUUUGAUAAUACUACGUAUUUUCACAACAAGUGUUUGUGUGGAUCACCACUUCCAAGCUGCAAAUGAUCAAAGCAAAUUCAAAUGGAAUUGCAUAAUAUCAACAUAUCCUAGUUUUUCGUUCUCUCUGAUAUUUGAAUAAGAACUUCUGUAAACGUUGUAAGAUUAAGAAUUUGCUGGACAUGAAAAAGCAGUAUCGAUUA